AUGGCCCAAUAUCUACACACCCUUUCCCACCCUCCCCGAAUCCGUCCCAUCCCAUCCGUCCCCCAUCGUCGUCACUCGUCCUCGGACAUUGCAUUGCAGCUCACUCGCAACUUACUCAUCUUUCUCUCACUCUGCUCUCACUCAUCCUCGCUCUCUUACAUACUCUCACACUCUAAUCACCUUUCUCUCUCUUGCAAAGGAGGCGCAGGUUGUAGCAGGACGAUAUCUUGGCUUCCUAUACCCCGUCUGUGCCUUGAGUCUCUCGCAAUCCUUUUUCUUCGCAGUCCUCUUGUUUCUGUUUAUUCGUCUCUUAUUCGGCUUAUACCCCCUCGGCGCAGCCACCGGUACCUUACCUUUCAACCCACCAUCCAUCGGCACAGCACAUCAGCACUGCGACGAAAGAAACACUCGGGUUUGGAAACUUGCGGCCCUUGCACCGGCGCAUUCCCGACGAACCGCCUUCUUUGGUACCGGAUGCUACGACGAAGCAGCGCUCGACACUUGCAGCAGAUCCUCCAUGUUUCGCGCGCUACGUCACUGUCACCAGGUUCGCAGAUUGAAACAAGGAGAAGAAAGGCAAUAGCAGAAGCAGCAGCAACAACAACAACAUCAACGACAGCGGUAAUUCCACCACUGCACAACGGAACACAAGAGUUAAAUUGUUGCAUCACCAAAUACCACCAAUAA